UGCGACUCUGUGAGCUACAGAAUGAGACUCUUUUGCGUUGUCUUUACUAGAUUUCUCUCAGUAAGAAGUGUUAACCACAUGGAGCAACAUGAAAAGUAGAAUUAAUAUUUUACUCGUACUGUUAUCAUUUUACAGCAUCGAUCUAGCAAAUUGUACUGGUAACUAUGUUAUACUAGCACCAAACGUCUUCAGUCCGAACUCCCAAUAUCAAUUUUCGAUUUCAACGUUCGACUUCGAAAACGCGCCUAAUCUACAGAUUUCUCUCAAUGGAGUUUCAGAUCACGAUGAGCAGUUAACGAUACAGCAACAAGUACAGCUCGAGCCGGACCAAACAAGACUCAUUGAGUUUAAUACUACAAAUCUGCAACCUGGCCUUUACAAUGUAACAAUACAAUCCUUACCUCUACCGCGCUACCAGCAUAGCAUUAAUCUACAAUUCGUAAAGAAUCACCUAGUUUUAAUUCAUACUGACAAACCAACAUAUAUGCCGGGCCAUCUGGUGAAAUUCAUCGUUUUUGUUAUGGAUCAUCAAACAAAACCUUUGGUUGAUCUGCAAACAAUUCACGUUACGCUCUAUGACCCCGAUUACAAUGAGAUAAAAGUGUGGCCGUCAGCGAAACUUCACAAUGGAGUAUUCCAAACAGAGCUGGAGAUAGCCAAUGCACCAAACAUUGGUAACUGGACCCUUACAGUUAUCGUUGACGAUAAGAGUUACUCGCGAGUGUUUCUCGUUGAGGAUUAUAAACUACCGAAUCACGAAAUUAGAAUUAGUAGUCCAGAAAGCGUUACACUGAGAGAUGAUAUAAAGGUGAACGUCGAUGCUUGGUACACAUUCGGGAAACCAAUGAAAGGAGAAGCGACGAUAAAUGCGGAAUGUACUCGAAAAGCAAGCCUAACCUCUAAAAUUAAUGGUCGCGUUACUGUUAAGUUCAACGUAAAUGAUUUGCUCGACCCGUUGAGCGAAAGUUCUUGCGAUUUUAUUAAAAUAGAUGUCGACGUGAAGGAAAAACACUCAAGGACAACAUUCAACGCGACAAGUAUGCUUCCUGUUUUCGAUUCACCUUAUAAAAUCAGCAUGCAAAAGUCAUCCAAGUACUUUGUACCGGGUGAAAUAUACACUUGCUGGCUUGUGAUCACCGAUCAUUUCGGAGAAAAGCUACCAUCGUAUCUUGAUCAUCAAAUUGCCGUUACUGUAGAUUUUGAUGGACAAAGUAAGUCUUCUAGUUACCGCACGAAUCUAAAACCAAAUAAAGAGGGAGUAUACUUGCUGCAUCUUCGUAUUCCCAGUGAAGCUACCGUUGCUGGAGUUAACGUUAUAUAUGAAACCAGCGAAAAACUAUUUACACUCGGAAAGGAUCCCGUAAAGAGGUCGCAAAUGUUUCAAGUUUCAAUACUUGACCGUAAGCCAUCCCUCGGCAAACCAGUAACCAUACAAGUUCAAGUAGGAUCGCCGCUUGGUUCAUUAGUUUAUCAAGUUUCAACGGAACACAAAAUUGUUCAAACAGAGAGAAUCGAUCCGAAAGGUAACACAACAGUAAUCUUCGAAGUGCUUGUGAAACCGGAAAUGUGCCCCAAAGCCACAAUACUCGUCUAUACAUCCCAAAAUGAAUUCAUUCUUACUGGUAGUGUUGCCUUGGAAGUGCAUGAUCUACCGAAUACGAUCAAGUUGACUACACCAGAACAGCAGGUUAAACCCGGUCAAUCGGUUGCAGUAACAAUCGAAACCACUCCCAGAUCUCUAGUGGGGCUAUACGCGAUUGACAAGCGAGCACUGCUACUGAACAGAGAUGGCCUACUCACACCACAGCAGGUUUUUGACCAAUUGAGAAGCACAGAAGAUUACGAGGGGAGCUACGAUAACAUGGUGCAUAACGAUAUGACUUUACAGACUAACGGGCAGCGUGUCAUUGCACUCGCAGCCCGUUUCGGUAGUUACAACCAAGAUGAAGAAGACUUUCGAAUUGUACCCCGAAAUAGUUUUAGUGAAUCCUGGUUGUUCGAUUACAUUUCGGAAGUUGGAGUCGAUGGACGUUUGGUCGUGCAGGAGUUUGUGCCGGACACCAUCACCAGCUGGGAAAUAUACGGAAUCGCACUGAAUCCCGAGAAUGGUCUAGCGAUUACAAAGACACCGCUUGUGCUGAACACUUUUAAACCGUUCUUUCUCAUGAUGAACCUUCCAAACUCGAUAAAAAAAAAUGAGAUCGCUGUCGUGGAGGUUAGUUUUUUCAACUACCUGACCGAAAUAAUAUAUGUUGGUGCCACACUGAAAAAUACCCGUAAAGAGUUCGAAUUUUCGGAAAACAACAGUUGGAAGUCUGCAAGUUAUCAAGCCAUGAAUAUGGUCGUUACUCCAAAUUCUGCUAAAACCAUUAAAUUCUACAUUAAACCAAAAAAGAUGGGCAACAUCCUAGUGAAAGUAAUUGCUGACUCCACAGAAGGAUCUGAUUCCAUCGCACGAACGCUUUUAAUCACCUCAGAAAGCACGAUACACCAAAACGUUAUCAAGAGGUUCAUCCAAAUCGAAAACUCAACGCAAGAAUUCAAGAAUAUCAACAUGACAAUUCCGCGUCAUUUGGAUGCAGGGUCUGAAAAAAUAAUGUUUUCUGUAAGGGCUAAUUUGCUCAACCUCGAUAUUGCUGAUGUGGACAACUACAUUAGACAACCGUCCGGUAACGCAGAGCAGAAUAUCAUCCAAAUGGUUCCCAGUGCGAUUUUGUUGGAUUAUAUCACCGACAUCCAUGCAUAUAACGAAAUUGCUAGGAAAAAAACGACGCGGUACUUAGAAAUGGGAUAUCAAAAUCAACUCAAAUUCAAACGAAAUGACGGGUCUUUCAGCACAGCUGGAAAUAAAGACAAUUUUGGGAGUGUGUUUUUGACAGCACUGGUAGCCAAAACAUUACAACAGGCUUCGCGCUUCGUAACAGUGGAUAGGAAAGUUAUUGACACGGCUUACGAUUGGCUACAGAAGCAACAAAACUCUGACGGAUCGUUCGGAGAACUUUCUCCAGAACAAGACACGCAAUUACAAGUAGUUCAUAGUAACAAAACAGCUCUUACAGCAUAUGUUCUAAUUGCAUUUAUGGAAAGCAAACUGAUCGCUGGAAAGUACAAAGCAAUGGUCGACAAAGGAGUCAAGUAUCUUCCCACCAACUAUCAUGAAUUUGUUUCCAGCUACGAACUCUCCUUGGUUACGUAUGCCCUUACACUGGCGAAUCAUAACAGCAAACAAACUGCCAUCGACGAAUUGUUGAAAACGACAAUAAAAAACGACGAUCAAUCGUACCGCUGGUGGGAAUCCGGAAAAAUGAGUACUGAAACAACAGCCUAUGCCCUGUUAUCACUGUUUCACGUUACUAGUCUGCCAGAUUUGGAACCAAUCUUCAACUGGUUAGCUUCGAAACUCCAAACCACAGAGACAACCUUCGUUGGACUGCAAGCUAUGGCAGAGUGUGGCAAAAAAAUGUCCCCUUCCAAAAACUCCUACGAGGUCACGGUGAAAUACGGUCCAAAGCAAAAUACUACAAUAAAAAUAAACCCACUCACUUCACUGACCACACAACAACUGAGCUUACCCAACAAUGUUCGAUCCAUCAACGUGAACGUCACUGGAACGGGUGUCGGCAUUUUCGAACUCGAGUACAGCUACUUUUCCAACAUUUUGUUCAUGCGCCCCCGGUUCAAAGUCUCGGUUGAAACGUUGAAUUCCACCAACCAGGUUUAUCUGGAUCUUAACAUAUGUGCCCAGUUUUUACCCUCACAAGCUUACGAAGAAAGCGGAGUGGUUCUGAUGGAAAUUACCUUUCCCAGCGGAUAUAUCGCCCUGGAUGAUAGCGUUGAUGAGUUGAGGACAUUGAAGAAAAUUGGGAGAGUUGAAACUAGGCAUAAAGAAAGCACACUUCUGUUGUAUUUUGAAUCUUUUCCCGUUGAAAGCCAGUGUUUGGAAGUGACAGGUUUUCGAGAGAAUGAUGUUCUGCAGCAGGUUGCCGGAACUGUGCGUAUUUUCGACUAUUUCGAUAACUCUCGUACCGCCAUUGCAUAUUUCGACGGAAAGUAGCACGACAUUGAAUGGAAUUAAAGCUCAGGAAAGAAGAACAAGCUUUCGAUUAGAAUUUACCUGUGUACUUUUAUUACCAACAUAAAAUAUACCCUGCUUCAUAUGCUUAAUACUGAAAGAA